AUGUCGCAGAAUUUCCUGCCACCGAACAAGGACUACUUCUUCGAUCACCAUCCCAGCAGCACUUCUUCGCCUGGAGACGACUUGGGUGGAGGUGCAAUAACAGGAGGUGCAGGCUUGGUUGCAGGAGGCGGUGCAGCCUUUGACCCCUGUCGAGGCCAAUCGCCUUCCUCUUCGACAAGCUUCGACUCGAUGAUGUUGUCGAAGCACGCAAAGAUGCAGCAGCAGUACCACAGCCAGCACCAGCCACAGGUGCAGAUGCAGCAGCGAAGGGCACCGGUGCCCUGGGAAGGCGACUUCCGGUCUAGCCCGUACGAGCACUCAUCCCAGCCCCCACCGUACGAGCUGGACCAUAACGUCCAGCUCCGGUGCGAAGACUCGACACCAAUCUCGCUUGCGACGCCCGCAAAAAAGACAAAGGGCAGCCCGACUGGUGCAAAGCCGCCGAGCUCCAACGGCACCUCUAGGGCAAAACAAGGGGGAGCUGGAGGGGGGCUGUUGUCGUCGCCCAGUGGCAAUGGCUCUACCAUCGAGCGAAUGACGAGCGCUUGUCUCCUUUGCCGCUAUCGAAAGAUCAAGUGCAACCCUGGCAAGGACCCCUCUGUAUGCGCGACAUGCAUUCGUCGAAAGAAGACGUGCAAGUGGCCAGAAGGUAAAGUGCACGUCCAGCAGACGGUGCAGCAAUGCCUCGACGAGUCAGCGAAGGAGGGCCAAGACGAAGAUGAAGAGAACGAGUCGCUUGAUCAUCAACAGCAGCUUAGGCUGAAGCAGACGUCACCCCACGAAGACGAGGACGACGGGGGCGAAUACAACCCUAGGACUACUGGCAGACGGGCUGCAGCGGCGGCCGCUAAGGCGAAGAGGGCGAAGAGAGCAAAACCGACGACUACGACAACGACGGGAAAGCGAGGAGGCAAGAGAAGGUCGACGCGCAAAUCAGACCACAGCCCAGACACUUCUGAGGGAACCGAAGUCAUCACGCCAACGGUCAGCAGCAGCUCGCCUCUGUUCAAGGCGCACUGCCUGGCGCAUGAGCAGCAGCAGCAGCAGCAUCAGCAUCAGCAUCAGGUUCACAUCAAUUUCAGCCACCACGGCCUUGACAGUGGCUACGACUAUUCUGCCGCGAUGACCAACUAUGACUUCCACCAGAGUCAGUAUUACCGUCAGUCGAUGCACACGCCGCCACCUCACCUUCACACCCUGCCUCCCCCUCCUCCGCCCGAGUACAAGCUGCAGCAACCGCAGCAGAGCCAGGGCGAGUUCCCAUCAGUGGCGCACUUCCAACAGCAGCAGUACCUACAGCAGCAGCAACAACAGCACCUGCACCAGCACCAGCAGUACCUUGGCAACAGUUUCAGCUUGGGGACCAGCUUUGGUGGACCUAUGCAGGAUGCCUCGCCUGUUUUUGCGCCGCAGCAGCAAGUCUUCCAUCCAAUCUUUGCGCUGCAGCGUCAUCCUGGAGAUUACAACAAUCAGCAGCCCCCACCCACACCACCGGCAUCAGCACCUCUGCAGCAGCGAGGCUCAGAUUGUUUUCCUACGCUCCAGAUGUCAUUCCAGCACAACAGCCUCCCUCAGCAGGGCCAGAGCCAGGCACUGGCACAGUCACAGCAUCAGCACCAACAAAAUUACAUGGCGCAACCGUCGCCGUCAAUUGAUUUUCUGCCGCCAAGUCCCGUCGCAGAGCACAGGCUCGCGGCCAUCAGCAACGGCCUGCCGUAUCUCCCUCACAGUCAUCAUCAUCAUCAACAGCAGCAGCCUCCACCCCUGCUUCCUCGACCGUCAUCUCCAGUCCUGCCUCCCACGCCGGCGACGCCAAUGCCAUCGAUGCAGACGAUGCCCGAGAUCUCGUUGCUCCUCAACAAAGCCGACACAAGCACCGUCGGCGUUCCUCUCGUUGCUCAGCAGCAGGUAUGCCACAGCGACCGCGAGGAAGAAGAAGAGGGCAACGAUGGAGAAGAGGACGACGAGCAGGCAUCUUCUGUCUCUGCGCUCCACCUGCAGACGCAGCCUCAGCCCCAGCCACCAAGCCUGUGCGUUGUCGACGUGAACCAAUCAGACGUCGAAAGGGUGCAGAAUAUGACGACCGUCGCGACAACUACGACUAGCGCCUAG